AUGGCUGGAGUGUCUCUAGGCGACCACAUGGCUGGAGUGUCUCUAGGCGACCACAUGGCUGGGUGUGUCUAUGCGACCACAUGGCUGGGUGUGUCUAGGCGACCACAUGGCUGGGUGUCUCUAGGCGACCACAUCGCUGGGGUGUCUCUAGGCGACCACAUGGCUGGAGUGUCUCUAGGCGACCACAUGGCUGGGUGUGUCUAUGCGACCACAUGGCUGGGUGUGUCUAGGCGACCACAUGGCUGGGUGUGUCUAGGCGACCACAUGGCUGGGGUGUCUCUAGGCGACCACAUGGCUGGGGUGUCUCUAGGCGACCACAUGGCUGGGGUGUCUCUAGGCGACCACAUGGCUGGGGUGUCUCUAGGCGACCACAUGGCUGGGGUGUCUCUAGGCGACCACAUAGCUGGGGUGUCUCUAGGCGACCACAUGGCUGGGGUGUCUCUAGGCGACCACAUAGCUGGGGUGUCUCUAGGCGACCACAUGGCUGGAGUGUCUCUAGGCGACCACAUAGCUGGGGUGUCUCUAGGCACUCACAUGGCUGGGGUGUCUCUAGGCGACCACAUGGCUGGGGUGUCUCUAGGCGACCACCUGGCUGGGGUGUCUCUAGGCACUCACAUGGCUGGGGUGUCUCUAGGCGACCACAUAGCUGGGGUGUCUCUAGGCGACCACAUGGCUGGAGUGUCUCUAGGCGACCACAUAGCUGGGGUGUCUCUAGGCACUCACAUGGCUGGGGUGUCUCUAGGCGACCACAUGGCUGGGGUGUCUCUAGGCGACCACAUGGCUGGGUAUCUCUAG